AUGACAGCUAACCCUGGAACUAUUGCGCUCCACGUCCUCUACCCCCGCGAUGAGACGUCGACCUUCAAUCUGGAAUACUAUCUAAGCACUCAUAUGGCCCUUGCCGAGAAGGCAUGGAAGGAACAUGGUCUGUUGACAUACAAUGUGAUCGAAGCGCCCGAUCCAAAGUCACCUUACAGCAUCGCCACUUUUUUGACAUGGGAAGCCCGAGGAGAGAGUGGGAUGGACGGCGUCAUGGCGGGCUUCGCUAGCGAGUUGGGCAAGGCCCUUGCCGAGGAUGUUCCAAACUUUAGCAACCGCACCCCCGCGGUGGUUGUCGGUCCAGUGAAGGCUAGCAACUCAGUCUAA